AUGUCUGACCCCGAAGUACACCGGAAGCUCGUUGAGGAGCAUGCCAUAGACGAAACCCCCAUCUCCCCCGUGCGAUCCCGAGACCCCUCGCGCCGAAACUCCCUCGAGCAUCACCUCCAAACUCGCCCUUCCCGCGAGGAACUAAUAGGCAAACAUAUUCUUCUCGAUACCAAUGCUGCUCCUGCGAUACAGGGCCAGCAAAAGGAGCUCGAGAAGAGCAUGCGUGCCGACACUCUCAAGGGGAAGAUUGCCCAACGGCCCUCGCCCGACAAACUCGUCAACGAGGGCGUCCUGCGCGACGAUCCGAGGUCUGCAGAGAAGCGUUACGAGGAGGCCAUCGAGGAUGAGUACGCCAAGAGGGAGGGCGGUGCUUAA